AUGAAGAGCGAAUGCGACGCUGUCCGAAAGCAUGCUGAGCUCGUGAAAGGUGUCCUUGAUAAGAAUCAGCAAGUAUUCCAGAACGACGAAUGCGAGAAGAAGCUGCGGGAGGUUGUGGGGCAACUGCUGCAUUUUGCCAUUUGGUGCAAGGAUGCCAACUUCCUUCAGCGAGUUUGGGAAGUUUCGUGGAAGAAACGCCUGCCACGCUUGAUGCAAGACUUGAUGACAUGGGCCUUGGUACUCUCUGUUGGAACGACGGCGUCCGCUAGGUCCGACCUGCUCAGGCUGAUCACUGAUGUCAGUCAAAGUGAGAUACUGCAGCGCAAAGAUACCUCGGAUCUCAUGACGCAAAUACAGAGUCAAUCAACAAUCCUGGAUGAGAUCAUCAAGGCCCUGAAGGAACCCGAGACCCCAAAACUCCAACUAGACUUUCGCGACAACGAUUCCCGCCUCACUUUGACCAAAGACCCUCUGGAUGAUACUCUAUUGAGUGGCGAGCUGCACCCCCAUGGGUCACAAGACGGCUCGGUCAAAGUGCUUUGCGAGCCCGUGAACGAGUCAAUUAUGAAGUACGGGGAGAAGGGACCGCGACACGUUCUCAUAUACGCCCAGAUCUCCGCGAACACCGGUGUGCAGCCAUUUUACGGCAUCGCAGAGAGAUCCGGUAAGCGAUGGACGGUCAUGAGAGAUCUGCGCGGUAUGCCUUCCCUUGCGCGCCUCAUCAAAGAUGGGAACUGGCCGAAGUCGCUCUCUCAUAGACUGAGCGUUGCAUACGAAGUCGCAAAGACUAUGGAGUAUCUCCAUUCCGUCGAGGUUCUGGUGAAGCGACUAUCCGAUCAUACCGUUGUCCUUGAAACAACCGAUAGCACCAUUAUUCCGUGUCUGACAAAUAUUGAGAGUGCCCGCCUGAUCAAAGAACGCACGACGGGCGGCAGAUACGACCUUCGAUAUGAAGCCCCUGAAGUUGCAAUAAUUAAGCAGCACAGUAUCUACACCGACAUAUGGAGCCUGGGCAUCUUCAUCUGGCAAUGCGCGACCGGAUCCGCGCCUUUUGGCCUCACCGAUGAGGUUCUCGACGCAUCAGGCUCAGCUGCAGCAACGAUUCGGGGCCGGACGAGUCAGGGAGAAAUUCUCUGGUCUCUUGAGAACCCGGAAUCUACCGCAUUGCGUGCCAUCAGUCGGCUUGUGGAGCAGUGCUGCAAACGCCGCGCCACUAUUCGACCCUCAGCAACCGAAGUUGUACAUUCGCUCCUAGAAAUAAUGACAAUACCAGUGCUGGAUUCGAAUGGUGCGGCACCACUUGAUGGGGGGGAAACUAAAGAGAGGGUGGCCACCAUGCUUGAGUCGGGCGAAGGAGAGCUAUCCGAGCAAGACGAUAAUGCGCUUCGCAUGCUGGCCCAGCAAGGCGAUGCCACGGCAGCAUAUUUGCUCGGCUCCGCUGUCUGGAAGGGCUUCGCUCAUUCUAAUGGCGAAGCGCAAGGCGGUCUCAUCGUAGUCUCUGAAAAGCACAGAGAAAAAGAAAUGCGUGCCCGUGCUGCUCUCGUACAGCUUGAAUUCGCUUUCCAAAGCGGCAUCAAAGCAGCAGCAAAAGACCUCUACGAAAUUCACGCCUGGCUAGGUAAUCUCUACGGGGUCAAAUACAACCAGGCUAGGGAGUUGAAAAGUCUCUAACGGUACCGCUGGGAAAAGUGGGCCCAUAGUGCUGAACAUCGUGGCGACGUGGAUUAUUUAGAUGCAUUCAUAGAAUUACUUCUAAGAGUCGGAUAUUCAGCGCAUUGUAAGCACCAAGCAUUAUAACCGUCAUGAAGUUCACUGGUACAUCCUGGAACUUUAUGCUAGGUUUACACAUCGUUCUAGGCUAGGGAUGAAGAA